CGCCCCCUCCGUUAUUUCCUCACUUUCUCGCACUCCUUCUCUCUCUAAACAUAAAAGCUCUCUCUUUCUCUCUCUCUCGCUUUCCCUCUCCCUUUCUCUUUCUAAAAAUCAAAAUCCCUCCUCCCUAAAUCUGAAUGGCGUCCCCACGCGAGGAGAACGUGUACAUGGCCAAGCUGGCCGAGCAGGCCGAGCGCUACGAGGAGAUGGUUGAGUUCAUGGAGAAGGUCGUCGGCGCCGUUGACGGAGACGAACUUUCCGUUGAGGAACGGAACCUCCUCUCCGUGGCCUACAAGAACGUCAUCGGUGCCCGGCGCGCGUCCUGGAGGAUCAUUUCUUCGAUCGAGCAGAAGGAGGAGAGCCGCGGCAACGAGAGCCACGUGUCUGCCAUCAAAAGCUACAGAUCCAAGAUCGAGUCGGAGCUCUCUUCCAUUUGUGACGGCAUUUUGAAGCUUCUUGACACGAAGCUUAUCGGAUCCGCAUCCAAUGGUGACUCCAAGGUCUUCUACUUGAAGAUGAAGGGUGAUUAUCAUCGCUAUUUGGCGGAGUUUAAGACUGGAGCUGAGCGAAAGGAGGCCGCCGAGAAUACUCUCUCCGCGUACAAGUCUGCUCAGGAUAUUGCUAAUGCUGAGCUGGCCCCAACUCACCCAAUCCGUCUUGGCCUGGCACUCAAUUUCUCAGUCUUUUACUAUGAGAUUUUGAAUUCUCCUGACCGUGCUUGUAAUCUUGCCAAACAGGCUUUUGAUGAAGCAAUUGCUGAGCUGGACACUCUUGGAGAGGAAUCAUACAAGGAUAGCACUCUUAUCAUGCAGCUUCUCCGUGACAACCUUACUUUGUGGACUUCCGACAUGCAGGAUGAUAAUUCUGAGGAGAUAAAGGAAGCACCUAAGCCCGACAACGAGUAGUAAAUUUUAGUGGUUUAGGAUUUGGGUGUUCUGCUGUUCUCUCUAUAGUAUUCUACUUUUCCAGAAUCAAGAAUUGCUGCUUGUAGCAUGAUGUACUUAGGUUGAUAGUCAACUUCUUUGGUGACUUCCAAUUUUAGAUGUCCUUAUCUUCCCAUCUCUCUGUGAUUUCUCAUCUUUCAUUUCUUACCAGAAGACUAAUAUCUUGUGCCAAAGUUUGGUUAUACUUCCAUGUCUAUUUAUCUCCAAGAAUGCUGCAAUGAUUUUGUAUUAUCCUUUAAAA